GCGUGACAGUCAUAUAGGAGUGAACUUAAAAAGACAAGCCUCAGCACAGAUGUGGCAUUCAGCUAAAUCGUGCUCUCCAAUUGAUGACCAUGUCUUUCAACGGAAGCUGGAAAAUGGAGCGCAGCGAAAACUUUGACAAAAUGAUGACACAGAUGGGUGUCAAAGAUAUGACGAAGAAGCUGGCGGACAUUGAAAACCUGACAGUAACAGUUGAGCAGACGGGUGACAAUUUCCGCAUAAAGGAGUCCUCUCAGAAGAAGGACUAUUCUUUCACGCUGGGAGUCCCGUUUGAGUAUGAGCUAGCAGAUGGAACAGUGACCAAAGGCACAUGGGUCCUCGAGGGAAACGUACUCACGGGAACCUUCACACGGAAAGACAACGGAAAACCGUAUCUCGCCAAAAAAGAAGUGACUGGGGACAAAAUUGUGCAGACUUACACCUAUGAUGGAGUCACUGCAAAGAGGAUCUACAAGAAAAUUUAAGUGGUUUAGGUGAAUGAUGGCGACGCCGCAUCAGAAACUGUGCAGGACUACAGAGCGAUCGCCUCAUUGAUGUGACCGUGCGGGAUGGGUCACCGCCUUCAUCCACGGAGGAGCUGAAAUCAGCAGCAAAGCUCCCUCUACAUAUUUUUGUCUCUAAGAGCAUUUACAUAAAAAUGAAAAAUAAAGACACUUCUGCCUAUA